UUAAUAGAAACGUUACUGUUUUAUUCGAAAUGGCUCUGUUUGAACUAAAACAAUAUGAAAAUGUUAUAUUCCCUAACCUUGAUAUCUUACAAAAAACUGUUAAAGACAUACAUACGUUCAAUCGUACGUUUAAUGAUUUAAUAGACAUAAGAGCCAAAGAAUCUUUAAAAAUGUCAAUAGAUUUAGAUGAUUUUAUAGAAUACUUUAGAAUGCUUUCAGAAGAUAAUGUUACCGUCGAUGACUUGUUGCAAAUGUUAAUAGUACUAAAAGAUAUGAUAAAAAAUAGAAAAAGUAGCGCUGAGGAAUUAAGAAAAGAGUUUGAAAAAUUUAAAAGUUUCAUAUUAAAUUAUGUUACAAUAGACGUUAGCCAAUCGACGGCAAAUGAUGAUGACUUAGAGGAUGUAUCACAAACUUUAAUGCUCACAGAUGGUAGACAACAACAUUCACUUGUUCAAAGUUCAUUAAAUUCAUUAUAUCAAAUUUUUUUAGAAGGCAUAAAGCCUUCAAUAAUUUAUUAUACCUUAACGUAUACUAUAUUACCAAACUCACAAAAUAAUUCGUCAUUAUACUUGGCUAUUGCUGUUUUCGCUGGAUGUUAUAUUUAUAAUCGUAAAGCAAUAUCAAGGAAUGUAAAAGAUUUGAUAAAAAGAAUUCGUCCAAAUAAAUUCAACGGAAAGAGUGACACCAUUCUAUUGAUUAAUAAAAGAGAACAAAACAAAUACAAGGAAAAGAUUUCAGCAAAAUUACCAGUAGUUUUAACACAUCUAGAAAUAGUAAAACAAUUUUGGAAACAACAAUUUGAUAUUUUUGAAUCACAUAUCAUUGCAUUGUGA